UAAAUUUUGCUUGCAAUUAACAUUAAAUUUUGUAAUAAUAAAAUUAUAUUAUUCGACAUUUUAUUCAUCAUCAUUCUAUAAAACCGUGCUACGUAUAAAUAAUUAUUAUUUUAUAUUGUUGUAAUAUUAAACCAUUCCAUAUUUUACUUUAUACAUUCUAUUGAUCCUAAUGAAUAUCUACGUGGUUGCCCACUGCGCGAAGUGGUUUAAUGUAAUGUAUUAAGUUUCAUCAGGACACGUUUAGCUGUAACCAUCUCAAAACUAAGACACAAUUAGCAAUGUUUGCUAGUCUAAAAAGUAAGAUCAAAGAAGAAACCGGUAGCGACUUAAGCAAGCUAACGAGUAGUUGGCGAAAUGGUGCUUUCUUGGGCAGAAUCACACUCAGGGAUGAUUCGUCUACAGCAAGUCCUUCCAGUUCAGGGGGACCUGGGGACUCCACUUCUGAUUCAUUAUCACCACAAUUGGAGUCAUAUUUAUCGGAUCGCACUGGUGGACAAUUAGACCAAGCAGCACUACAUCAACAGUAUUCUGCACAGCUGGAGUUAAAAUUGAAAGACAGAGAUGCAUUUUGGGAAAAGAAAAUUGAUGAGUUAAAGCUCUCUCAAGCUUCUAUACAAGCUGAGGAAGCCGUAGCUGCUCAAGCAGUAGCUCGAGCAGCCCAAGCAGAGGCAGCAAAAGCUAUAAGUGAGCGUGAUAUCGCCGAGAAACAAGUGAAUGAUUUGCGGGCGCGCCUCGCCGCCGUAGAGCACGCACAGGACAGAUUAGAUGAGCUUACAGAGGAGGUGGAACAGAGCCGCCGCACGUGGUCGCAGGCGGCGGCGGCGCGGGGCGCGGCCGAGGAGCGCGCGCGGGACCUCGAGGAGCAACUCGCAGUGCUGCGCGCCGCCCUGCCGCCCGACAACCCCCUGCACCACAUGCACCCCCAGGAUAAACGUACGAUACAGCCGACCGGCUGUGAGGAUUUCGACCGAAUCUGCCGCGAGCGUGCCGUGUUAACACGGCAACUACAAGAGGCCAAGAUGGCGCUCGCCGACGUAAAAACGUCGUGGAGCGGACAGAUCGCUUCACUCGAGACUCAGGUGGCCCGUCUAUCGCGACAAGCGGGGGAAGAGGGGGCUGAGAGGAGAAGAGUGGAGACCGAAAAGAGAGACAUGCAAGAGAAACUAGUCAAUUUGUCGAUCGAGUUAGAGAAAACCAAACAAAACUUGGUCAAUAGCGAAGCUAAGGUGGUGCGAUUGAACGGCGAGGUGCACACACUGGCGAUGGAGGCGAAGGCGCUACGGAACGCCGCCAACCAAGCAGCCGAAAAGACGAUGGAUCUUGAAAGUCGUAUAGAAACCCUGGUAGAAGAGAACAAAGAGCUGUCAUUGGCAUUGGAGAAUGAGCGGAUGCUGGUAAGGAUCCUGAAGGAGAAAGUGGACAAAUCAAAUCUGUUAUCUGAUGAGCAGAAAGCAGAAUUAAACCACCUCAAUUCUCUGGUGACCGAUAUGCAGCACGACUAUUUAGAUAUGCAGCGGAAGUAUGACAAGGAGAAACGGGAAAAAGAUGAAGCCCUACUUCGCAACGCCCACAUGUCUCAGUCUGUAGAGAUGAGCCAAUGUAAUGUGCGCUAUCAGGAAUCGGAAAUCAGCGAGUUAAAAGUGAAAAUAACAGAAUUGGAAUCACUUAUAGCACAACACAAAGAGAAUCAAGCCGCAUGUAUGUUGAUAAAGGAAAAUGAAGAAACCCGCAAGACUGAGAUAGAACAGCUGAAGAAGAGAAUUGACGAGUUCACCGAAAGUGAAACUACGUUUAAAAAGACUAUAGAAGACUUUGAAACUGAAAUCUGUGAUAAAAAUAAGAAAAUAAAAACCUUAGACAACAGAAUAUCUGAUAUGAAGAAAACAUUGCAACGCGAAUUACAAAGUAGUAAAUCAGAUCUCACGUCAGCGGAGGAACAGGAUAUUAGUAGAAAGUACUUGAAGCACGUGGUGCUGCGGUUUUUGACUGCACGUGAACUGGAGGCGCGGCAGUUGACUCGCGCACUCGCAGCCCUACUGAGACUCUCCGCUCAUGAGGAGGCGCUUCUUCGCGCUACACUGCAGCCUCGCUCCGGGAUCGCUGCCUGGUUUCCCUCUUUCUCUUCGAUCUCCACUCUGCCCUCCCUUCCCUCUCUUAAUACGUGAUCGCCUGUUCGCAUCACGCAGUCUCCAUGUGGUUGCGCUCGGGCCUAACCAUCUGGUACCUCGUUCUCCUAGCUAUCCACACUGCCGUUCUUUCCCUCCUUUGACACGUGAUUGCUGUUUACCCUCGCUGCUUUACCUCAAGACAGGAUCUACCACUACAGUCCUUACUCUGCAUUACGUCCCACUGAAAUCUCACACCAGAACUACCGCUUGCAUGAUUCACAUGGUUGAUCUUGUGCAUAUUGCAAUAUAGCAUCAAUGUUUGUCAAAAUUUAUAAUUACAAAUAAUAAUUUAUAUUUACAAAUAAUAGCUAGUGACUGCCACAAAUUCAGUAUGUAAGCACUUGACAUUUAGGGUGCGGUGAUCACCAUUCUUGGAAUCGUAAUAAAACAUAUUAAAGUUAUCACCCUAAAUACUAAUCGUAGCUCUCAAAGCUAUAUUUGAGAGAAGAGGUGAGAUUUAUACCAUGCAAUAAGUUCAUGUACAACAUAGUUUAAUACGGCGUAAGCUAAAAGUAGUAUGUCAGUAUUGAUGUUGUGUCAUUCGUUUCCUAUUCACGUAUAUGAUAAUAAUUAUACUGAUAUAUGAAAACCUAACUAGAACAACUCGAAUUGUAUUUUAUAUUUUUAUAAAAAAUUCCAAAUAAGUUAUUAUCGCACGGAAUUGUCUAACUACAAACAUUGUUUGUAUAUUGUCCUAGUUUAAGAAGUGAUGUAAAUAUAAAUAAACAUCGCAUAAUCGUCCAACACGAAAAUAUUUUAAUUCGAUGAAAACUACUUAUAAAUUAUAUACCACAAGGUAUUAAUUAUCGCAUAGUGCAAUACGGUCGUUGUAAAUUAUAUUCUAAAUAUUAUGAAUAAUAUAUAUUUAGUAUAGCGAGUAUUAUAAGAACCACGAUAUGUUAUCUGUGAUUUCACUAACAAAUAUUUCAGUUUUUUUUCUUAUUUAUUGUUUAUUAUAAAUUAUAUAACUGUGACACGUGGCUUAAAUUAAACUGGACUUAAAAUAAACAUGAAAGUAAUUGGGACUGAGAACAAAACAUUAAUUUUGUUCUAGUCAAGCAUUAUUUAUAUACUAUAUUAGAUCAGAAAUGUAUUAGGCAGCUUUUAGACCGUAUUGACUGCAUCAAAUCAAUAAGACAAAUACUUUAUCAAUAUAACAUGACAUGUUGUGUCAUACAGGCUGAAAACUUUUAUAAAAAAACCACAGAACAAUAAAUUCUGAUGAGCGAUAAAUUUAUUAUUUAUUCAUAAUUACUUUAAAAAAUUUGCUGAAAUUGUGUAUUAUAGUUUUCUAAGUAGAUACGUAGAUGCGCAAGGCAUACAAGCUUGUCUAGAAGUGUACUUGAGACUUAAAACGUUAGAUUUUUUUAUUUAUUUCAUUGUUAAUAUUCUCAGAAUAAUGACGCUUUUAUUAGUAGUGAUUACGUUGAUGUGGUAUUUAGUAAUAUUAUAGUUACAUUAUUAUUGUAAACAUAUAUAGUUAAGGUUUAAUGAAAAAUGCCUUAAUAGUUACUAGUCAUUUUUCAAAAUCAGUAUAUUUUGUAUGUACAUUUUUUUUAUUUCACAAUCAUUCCAUAUUAUAGAUUGAGAUUAAGAAUAUUUUAAAGAAUUUUAUUCAUGUUGAUUGAUUUCAAAUUUGGUUUGGAAAAUUUGAUGCAAUUUUGUGUGAUAUUUGCACGUUGUUCCGUAAUUGACUAUAUAUUUCCAUAAAAAUUGUUUGUAAAUAAACCGUUGUAAAUUUCAGUAUAAAUUUCACUUUCUCUUUCCCAUUUCUCUGAUUUUAUCUAAUAAAAUACUAUUUUUUCUGAGUAUAUUUUUCACAUAAUAAGUACAAUAAAUAUAAUAUAUAAUAAUUUGUAUUAUCAUUAUAAUAAUUUAAUAUUUAGUAAAUAAAUAUAUAAAAAAAAGCGCGAUCAUUAAUCUUUAUGUACACACAAAAUAUUGCUUGGUCGUGUUUAAGAAUUUACAAAUUUAUUGGGUGCUACAUACAACGCGUGGGCUAAUUGUGCAUGUAAAUGUAAAUCGAUUCGUGUACAUAAUAUAAAUUAUUAAAAAAAAUAUAUAAACAAAUAUUCAAACGACACUGCCCCUUUUUGAUGUUUAUGUUUGUUAUUACGAAAUAUGUUGUUUUUAUCAUCAUUGGAAUAAUAUGUGGAAAAAGUGUAGAAUCAUCUCGAAUUUAUCGAUAGUCGUUGCAAUUAAUAUUCAGCAGAAAUACAGCAUAAUUAUUAUUUAUUUAAUAACUAUUAGAGCAAUAUUAUAUAAUUAUAUAUAAAUGUAUGUAGUAUAUGUACGUAAAAUUGCUGACUAAGGGACCGAAGAUGCAUGUUUUCAUGCAAUGUUUUAAUGGUUCAAAGUUACAACAAUUUUAAAGAGUGUGAACUUAUUACCACUUAAUUAUUACAGUUAUAACAUUAACCCGUUAUAUUACUGAAAAGUUACACCGCUUUCAAUUAAUAAUAUUCAAAUGCGAAUCAAUAAUAAUUUCUAUUUAUUUAAGACUAUUCUUGUCUUAGUUCCCUACUAUAUUAUACUCGAAGUAAAAAAUACAUAAAAAUUUAAUUCAAAUACUUUUAAGAAUGGGUUCGAUUCUACUUAUUCUUAUAUGCUAUUUUUCAAGACGGUGUUACUUCUAACUGAAUUACUAAAACCCGAUUACAACAAGAAAUGGUAGCGGUCCCUAGGUGGGAUUAAAUACUACUACUUAAUUAAGUACUUCAUUGUUUUCUCAGUCAGAAAUUAUCUACGGGUAUUUUGUUGAACUAUUUGUUGCUUUACUUUCGUAGUAUGUAUAAUUUAUAUUUUUGAAUGUAUUAUUAUGUUUUGAUUUGUUACAAUAUUUUUAUAUUUUCUAUUAUAUUGAUGACGGGAUCUAAUAUAAGGUACAAUUUCAUGAUGUACCUAUACAAGAAGUAAAAAUGCAAGAAUUCAUAAAUAUUUUGAACAUAAUAUCUACAUUUUGUACACAAUAUCUUUGUAUGAAACAUAAGAGGGAAUCAAUCCAUAACAUCCCACUUUAAUUAUGUUCCUACACAACCAUCCAAUCUCAGAACAUAAUUCAAAUAUACCACACAGAGUGAAAUGUUUUUCUAUGACAAUGUUAGUUAUCGGCGUCAGUGUCAAUUUGAUGGCAGUUGUAAUAUUUUUGUAGAUAAUUAUGAGAUCUGACUAAUGUGUAUUGAAUCUAGUCUUAGCCUGUUCGAUAAAUACCUAUAUUGCUUUUAGAUAAAGAUUUUACAUCGCUAUAACAUGCAAUGUUAUAGCGACCUUAUAGAAUUUUAUUUUUGUUGGAAUAAUAUUUUUGCUUAUUAGACAGUAUUAUUAUUUAAUUCAAAACAUAUUCUGUUGAUAAUUAUUAGAAUAUUUAUUUGAAUGUUACAUUUAUUUUGUUUGUGUACUGUAAUAAUGAAAUGAUGGAAUAAAUUUAAUUAUACGAAAAAAAAUUGUAUCAUUUUACCUACUUAUUCUCUUUUCCGUGCUAUUACUUGCCUAGACUGAUCUACUUUACAUUUUACGUUGUUUGUAUCUGAUUAAAUUUAGGUCGCCCGUAUAUGUAAACUAACUUUCUAAUUUACUGUUGGUCAGGUUAAACAAAGAUUACCUACAUAUUAAUAAAUACAUACGUAUUUAGAAAACACCCAGACUGAUAGUAAUACUUAUGAAUACAAACUUUUAUAGUUUUGUACCAUGCUAGGAAUCGAACCGGGCACCAUCUGAAGAAAGACAGUUUGCUAGACGCAUCGCGGCCGUAAUAUACUAGCAACGUAUUAAUCUCAUAUUUUUUGUUCAAACGGUUAUCAAAUUAUUCCGUUUAAUUUUAAUGUUUCAAAAUUAACACAAAACUGUAUUGAUUUGAAAUUAAAAUUACAUUCCAGAGCUAACCUGCAAAUAAUUAAUCCUUUCUU